UGUUCUGCAAGGGAAGUCGCGGCGAAGCCGUCCUGCACCCAGAGGAGCGGCCCAUGGUGGCUCGGGCAGCAGUGCUGCGACAGAUGACAUCCCUGGGUGAGAGGCCAGAAAUUGAAGCCAGAGAAGCCUGCAACUGGCUGAGAGCUGCUGGGUUUCCCCAGUAUGCUCAGCUCUUUGAAGAUAGGCAGUUUCCUAUUGAUCUAAAAACUGUGAGGAAAGAUCAUGAAUUUUUAGAUGGAGAUGCAAUUGAAUCACUGUUCAGACGGUUGAACACAUUGAACGAGUGUGCGUCAAUGAGAGUGGAAAUAAGCCGUCAGAGGAAACAGAGUGAUGAAUCUGAAGAUGAUGAACCUUGUGCAAUAAGUAACAAAUGGGCUUAUGAGAGGUGUAGUCAGAGAUGGUCUCGUAUUGAGAGCCUGGAAAUUUUCCCAGGAGAGGAAGGUGCUGGUACAUCACUCCCAGGCAGUCCAAUACUGAAGAGCAUCAGCAACAAGGAUGAUGUCUUUCUGGAUCAUGGAGAGAAACAUGAUGCGUCCUCAAUUCACAGCACUAGCAGUGGUGACAGUGACACCUUCCCAAAACCUUUUGAGGAUGUGAUAACCAGCACGAAUUCUUCAAGAUGUUCCUCAGUUAAGGUGACUUCACUGGACUCUGCUUUUAGUUGCUCUCCUCCUCCCAGUGAAUUUUUAAGUAUUACCAACGAGGAGAAGCUUGCGGCUAAGUCACCAUACAAAAAGAGGAAUAGCCUUCUAAAGAAAAUGGAGAAGUUGCACUUCAGGAGCUGCAGCUUAAGGAGUGGUCAGUCAAAGGCCAAACCCAUAAUAAGUGAACCUGUUCUUCUGGAAGGACUUAAUGAAGAAAAGAUGAAGAUGCUGAACUGUGUAAAUAUUUCUGACCUCUCUGGCAUCCAAAUAAAGAACAGUUCUUCCUUUUGUCCCCAGACUUACAAUAGCAGCAACCAGCCUGAAAACAAUGGCACAGCGAGCACUCCAAGUCCUGCUAUGAAACCCCAAAGCCAUGAUGAAGGAAGGGUCAUGUAUGCAGAGGACUUGGAUUCUAACAAGCUUUUUCUGUGGAAUGAUCUAUCUCAGCAAAAUCUGAAAAAUGACAUGGAGUUACAAAUGACCCAGAUGUUUCACAUACCACAAGGCCAUAAACCUGGCACUUUCCCUAUAGCGCUUACAAACAGCUCCCUGUCUCCAGCAGAAAACUCUUCCAUCAGCUGGAGAGCUGGGAGUUUUCAUGGGUGCAGGAGGAACAGAAACAGAAGUAGUUCCAAGGACUCCAAAGCCCCCAGAAGUCCACUUUCAUGCACAGAUAACAGACUAAGUAUCUAUGACAACAUGCCCAGUAUUGAACUCGAUAAUUUGGAGGCAGCAGAGGUUGGUGAUGAUGAUGUGUUUUCAGAACUGAAUAAUGUUAUAGAAGAUGUCAAUGGUCUCAAAAAGUUGGUUGAUCAGUGGACAGAGAAGUUCUCAGAUGAUGGGGAUUUGGACUUUGCCAGUGACUUGACCUCUUUAUAUCCAUCUUCACCUAAAGAAAUCUGUCUUGAAACAGAGGGCUCAGAAGAGAAGACAGCAGAGCUCCCAUCCACCGAGGGACAAAGCAGCUGUGAGCUCAGCAAGAUCAGUUCUGCAGACUUGGCACACAUAACAAACUCUAAAAACACCAACAGGCAUGAGAAGCAACACUGGUCUGUGGAAGAGAGCAUGAGCUUGGAAAGCCUUUCCGUCCAGACGGAUAGCCAGACAGCUGCCCAGCUGGCCCGGACACAAAAGAUGGCUUUGUUGAAGCUCACUGCUUUGAUGGACAGAUACUCCCCUUCCAGUAAGCACGGCUGGAACUGGACUAUACCAAAGUUCAUUAAAAAAGUAAAAGCCUCUGACUACAAGGACAAAAAUGUGUUUGGGGUUCCUCUCCUUCUGAACGUCCAGCGAACAAGCCAUCCACUGCCCAAUGGCAUACUGCAAGCCCUGGACUAUUUAAGAAGCCAUUUUCUUGACCAGGUUGGCCUGUUCAGAAAAUCUGGUGUUAAAUCCAGGAUUCUGUCAUUGAGAGAAAUGAAUGAAACCAGCCCAGACAAUGUAUGUUACGAAGGGCAGUCAGCCUUCGAUGUGGCAGACAUGGUGAAGCAGUAUUUCCGAGACCUUCCCGAGCCUAUAUUUACCAGCAGGCUCUGUGAGUCCUUCCUGCACAUCUACCAAUAUGUGCCCAAGGAUCAGCAGUUUCAGGCUGUCCAGGCUGCUAUUCUCCUUCUCCCAAAGGAAAACCGAGAAGCUUUGAAAAUACUCCUGUUCUUUCUGCGAGAUGUGGUUGCUUUUGUUGAGGAAAACCAGAUGACCCCAACCAACAUUGCUGUCUGCCUUGCACCUUCUUUGUUUCACCUCAACACCCUCAGACGGGACAGUUCCUCCUCCUCUACUAGAUCUAGUCAGAGGAAAUGCAGCCUGGGGAAGCCAGACCAGAGGGAGCUGAGUGAGAACCUGGCAGCAACGCAGGGCUUGGCCCACAUGAUAAUGGAGUGCAACAGACUGUUCCAGGUAUGUCACUUGCUGGAGCAAAGCAAAAGCCCUAAGCAGCCUGAUGUGGGUGGCCUGCUUUGAGCAGCUGUCAGGGCCAGAGCCCCACAGAGGUCCCUUGCCAGCCCAGCUGCUUCUCUCAGCCUGUGGCAGGUGUGAGUCCUGCUGACUCCAGGGAACAGAAAAUAUGUCAGUGCAGAUUUACCCACAACUGUUAGUGAGGGCUGUGAGAACAUUACUCCACUUCCUCCUCCAUCAUCCAUCUACGACGGUUCUUUGACUCCCUGAGCUCAGGGCCAGUUUAGAGAGUACCUGUGGGGCAGAGGCUGCCAUAGGCUCUUGGAGGGAGGCCCUGGCCAAGGCCAACCAUCCCUCUUUGUGGGAGUGGGUGGAAGCUGAGGUUUUGCUGCUGGGGCUUGGCCAGAGCAAGAGCCAUGCCUGUGCCUGGCUGUGAACCCCAGUAAUCUGGACCUGGACAUUGACCCACAGACUGACUUCCCGGCUUGACCUUGGCCUUUCCACAUCAACAUGGACUUGCCUGGUGAUCACUAGGCUGUUGUCACUGGACCUGAUCCUGACAUCCCUUGCUAACUCACCUUCCUGGCUCACCCUUGGACCUCAUCACCAUGGAUGUGCCUGAAGAGCUGGACUCUUGGCUGACCCUGGUUGCCACCUCUGGCCUGGCUCAGGUACUGUGGGACCUGGCAGCUGCCCUGCCAACCCUGUUAUACCCCACUUGACUCCUGGCUCAUUUCCCUUGGGGGUCCACCACCCCUUGUGGUGCACACUGACAGCUUGGGCCUUCUUGUGCUCUGCUCCAGCACAACUGGGCAGGAGCUGAUGCACCAUGGUGCCUCUGAAAUGAGACAUGGCCCCACCCUAGGGUUCCUACCCCAGCACUGAUUUCCCCACAACCAGCUCCUGGCUUCUGAGUGGCACCUACUCCUCCCUAGCCCAGCCUGGGGUCCAGUCUUUCCAUAAUGGUCCCCAACCAGGCCAAGGCUCCUAAGUGUUCCCCUCUGUCCCCAGCCAAAUCAUGGGUUUCAGUUUCUCCGUGGUGGCCUCAAUGCCUCUUCCCAGCCCU